UUCUGAUGAAAGGAAAGUGAAAUUACAAAAAUGGGAAGAUUUUCUCUCUCUCAAGACCUCAACCACUGAAAAUUCUGCUGCACUCACACUAUAUUAUCAAGUAACCACAAGCCUUUCCUGUGUUUGUUCUAAGUGUUCUGCUCAAGAUGUUGGAAGGAAAAGGUGUGGUGCGAGAAACAGACAUGCCAGAGGAGAUGCAGAACCAUGUUAUGGAGUUUGCUCACCAAGCUCUCGAUGCACAUGAAGUUUCUGAUUGUCAGUCUAUUUCUCAUUUCAUCAAACAGAAACUUGAUGAAGCAUAUGGACCAGCAUGGAAUUCCGUGGUUGGCAAAGACUUUGGAUCUUGCAUUACAUAUUUAUCUGGAAGUUUCAUAUUCUUUCAUGUUGAGAUGAUGGAAUUUCUGAUAUUCAAAGAUGGGAAGGACUUCGGAGAAAGAAGGGUAGAAGCUAUUGGAGUGCAGCAGAAAGCUACAAACAGAGAUUCAUAAAUUCCAAAUUUCUCAGAUCAUGUUUAGUACCUGAAAUUGACCUGUGAUGAAUAUUUAGUACAUCAAGAAAAAUCAGUUAUAGAAGGAACAAACAUAAACAACAAUGGUGCUUCCAGUGAUUUCUGGUUAUUUAUAAGGAAUGAAAUAUUUGUUCACUCCACCGUGCAGUUUAAGAAGUGAAACUCUUGUUCAAUUUCUUUUGUCUUGCGUUCUGUAAUAACAUUCUAUAUUGGCUGUUUUACUUGUGUGUGUGUGUGUGUGUGUGUGAGAGAGAGAGAGAGAGAGAGAGAGAGAGAGAGAGAGAGAGAGAGAGAGAGAGAGAGAGAGAGAGAGAGUACACUGUCACUGUAACAGUUGAAAUAGUAUUUUAGAGAGGAUCAAAUCCCCCUUGUGUCC